UGGUCCAUUUGGCCCCCUACUCUACUUUAAACUAAACAUUUUCUUGCGUGUCAAGUUCCCCUAUUCACUCCCCUAACAAAUAGCACAGCCCGUCCCCUCUCUCCCAAACGCUCAACUGCUUGCCCCCAAUCCAUAUUCCAAUCCCUAAUAUACAGAUCCCCAAAUUAACGAAGAAAUUAUUAACAAAACAUCAAAUAAUCAUAAACAAAUCACCGCCCCUGGCAUUUUUCACGCCGAAUCUUCACUGCCCCAUUUAAAUUUUCGAUGGCGCAAACUGGAAAUUGACGUUUUGAAUUGUUGGGUUUUUUUUAUUGUUGAAGAUGUGAGUGAAAUAAGGUUGGCGCGUUUGGGUCCGGUGGUUUCGGGGAUGGUCAGAUAUGGCUCCAGACGGGGAAUUGGUGCCGCUGGACCCACAGGCGGUUGUGGCGGUGAAGAAGAAGUCCUCUCGGAGUUGGGUUUUGUUGGAUUGCACCGGAAAAGCUACCGUCUUGGACGUGGACAAGUAUGGCAUCAUGCAGAGAGUUCACAUUCACGCUCGCGAUCUUCGCAUUGUCGACCCUUUGCUCUCUUACCCUUCCACCAUUCUCGGCCGUGACCGAGCCAUAGUUCUCAAUUUGGAGCAUAUUAAAGCAAUAAUCACUGCUGAAGAGGUGCUGCUCCGGGAUCCAUUGGAUGAAAAUGUUAUUCCUGUUGUUGAAGAGCUUCAAAGACGGUUGCCUCCUGUAAAUGUCUCACAUGAAAGUCAAACAAAUGGGAAAGAGUUCCCUGCUGUGCAAAAUGAUAUUGAGGCGGGUGAAGAAGAUGAGUCACCAUUUGAGUUCCGGGCCUUGGAGGUAGCUUUGGAAGCAAUUUGUAGCUUUCUUGCUGCACGUACAACAGAACUUGAGACUGCUGCUUAUCCUGCUUUAGAUGAGCUUACUGCUAAGAUUAGUAGCCGCAAUUUGGAUAGGGUUCGUAAAUUGAAGAGUGGAAUGACUAGGUUGACUGCUCGGGUACAAAAGGUCAGGGAUGAGCUUGAACAACUGCUGGAUGAUGACGAUGAUAUGGCUGACCUUUACUUGUCCAGAAAGUUGGCUGGUGCAUCUUCGCCAGUUAGUGACAUUGGUCCUUCCAAUUGGUAUCCUGCCUCCCCUACCAUAGGCUCAAAAAUAUCCCGGGCAAGUAGGGCAAGUAUCGUCACUGUUCGUGGAGAUGAGAAUGACGUUGAGGAACUUGAAAUGUUACUUGAGGCUUAUUUUAUGCAGAUUGAUGGCACCUUGAACAAAUUAGCCACGCUACGUGAAUAUAUUGAUGAUACAGAGGAUUACAUUAAUAUUCAGCUCGAUAACCACAGGAAUCAGCUGAUUCAGCUUGAGCUUUUUCUUAGUUCCGGGACUGUAUGCACCUCCAUAUUUGCAUUGGUGACUGGAAUUUUUGGGAUGAAUAUCCCGUAUACAUGGAAUCAGGGUUACGGAUACAUGUUCAAAUGGGUCUGCAUUGUCACGGGAAUUUGCUGUCUUUUUGGUUUCAUAAUAAUCAUAUCAUAUGCUCGCCACAAGGGUCUAGUCGGAUCUUGAACAUCAUAAAGAAGCCCUGAGAUUGAUCUUUUGGAUCUUCUGAAAGUAAAUAAGGUGUCAAAGAUUUUCAGCAAGGCUGUGUGAAGGAGUAAAAAUUUCUUGCUGAAUUUGGUGAAUUUUUUGGGUGUUUCUAACCCAAGGACAUGCAAAGCUUUAUAAUUGUCAAACAGUCUAAUUAACAGGAUUCGGUCACAAACGCAGACUGUAAAACUUGUCUGCAGAACCAUACAUAUUUCUCGAUUUUGGUCGAUAAUUCUUGUUGUGUUGCACAGAAGUAUUUUGAUCAAACAGAUUUAUACUGUUCAACUGUAAUAGGCAAUAAUGCCAUACGGAGUGAUUAAUGCAUUCCACAAAACUGAUAAUUUCUCUGAAGAAAUGUAGGCACUAUCAGCUGUAAUGUGACAUGAUUUCUUGCAA